AUGAAAGGCUGGAAGUCGAACUUCGCAUUCUACCUUCUGCAAAUCAUGGCGAUAUUCAGCCUUCUUAACUAUAUUGGGUUGUUGGUUUCCUAUAUUCACGGUCUGAUUCUCUUCGAAUCGCCGGAGCUCUCCAGGGUAACAGGGUCGAACUAUCAAGGCAGCUUCUUCGCUUAUGUCUUAGCCAACAUCUGUCUCACAGCUCACCGUCUUUUUUAUACCCUGCUUCCGAUGAAGGCACAAUUCAUACUGACAACGACAGUCGUGAGGUUCUCUACAACAGGCUAA